GCAAAAAAACUCGUCUCGUUUUAAGUUUGAUUUGUAAAGAGCGGCGGUAAGGGAGGGCAAUUUCCCCUUUAAAAACCAAAAGUUUCACAGCAUCGAUCAUUCUUAUUUCGUCGCCACGCAGGUGAAUAUACGGCAAUAAAUAUUGAAUUUAGUUAUUCUUUAAAUGUUUUUGACAAAAAAAUAUCCCCAUCAAUUUUAAUUGGAAGAAAGAUUGAGGGAAACAGCGAUUUCUUCAGCAGUUUAUGUUGUAUAAACCGGCAUUCUGCUGCUUUUGGCGCGCUUUGGAUCUGUGUGUGUGUGUAUGUGUGUGGGAGGUGUGUGUGUGUUGUGGUGGUGUGAUGUAGAAAGUGAAGCCUGGCUUCGUACCGGAGAGUUCGAUCUCAGUAUUGAUUUGAAUAAUCAAAUCACCUAUAUUCGACUGAUCCGGCGCCUAUACAGCAGUCGGGGCAUACGCCUAGUGAUGACGCAGACUUGUCAUUGAGCCUUUUCAGAAGCUAGACAGACGGGGACUAUAUAACCUCCUACCCUCAAGCCGCUAUACUUUGCCGGCCUGUUUUUUUCGACUGUGUAUUGUCUUCUUCUAAAAAAAAAUGGCUGGCAACUCCAUGGCAAUGGAUGUGGAGACAUCCAGCUCACCCAGUAAUGAUAUGGUCAUGAGAUUUAGCAGAAUAAUGAAUACAAGAAGCCAGCAUCUUGCAUCUCAUCAUUUCUCUGAAAAUGUAGUACUUGACUGGUUUGGCCGCACAAUUGCAGGAAAGGAAAACGUGCUUAAAUUUUUGUUUCAAGAAGUUCAUUUAUCCAACCAUGAUAUUAUAGAAGUUAAGAAAACUGAGGACAAUACUCAAAAGAGGUUUGCUCUUCAGAGAGCUAUAAAUAGGUACCGUCAACCCUCAUGUGAAACAGAUGAUGACUUUGACGUUCAUAAUGACUCUGGUAUCUUUGAGGGGUGUGAUACAAGCUUCAGCAGCAGCGGUAGUCUUACUCCAAUCUCCAAAAUUACAUCUGACUUAUCCAGAAGCUAUGUCUCAAGAAGCAUGGAAGAUACUUUGGAUUUCUACAGUCCUAUAAUGCGGACACCCAUCACUACCAGAGCCCCAAAGGCACCAAAUGCUGUUAAACGUCAAACUGCAUCCAUGGUUCUGAAGAGCCUCAAGCAAUUGGAGUUUCCUAAGAAUCUCAACUUUGUAGAUGCAGCUGGGGUCAUUUCUUUCUGCCCAGAAGAUGAUAUUUACACUUCAGGUAGAAACUAUUCAAAGCACUGUCAUUUACAAUUAGGCUAUUUCAAUCAGACAUCAGUACAGUCUACAACAUUUGCUUUCAUCCUGUAUAAUAAUGAAAUGCCCUGCCGACGUAAUCUCUCACGUAUAUUUGAUGCAUGCGAUUGUAACUGAUCUAUGUUUUAAUCACUAAGUCAAAUUAAGUAACCCAACCAAAAACAAAUCACUUAGAUUAAAAAGGUUAAGUUUGACUUUGCUAUGAAGCUCUACUAAAUUUUUUGUUUAAAAUUUAGCAUGACAUAUUUGAAAGCUUUAUUUAUAGUUUAGUAACAAAUAAAAUCAUUUUUUUUGUUGUACUUCUCAUGCAAAUUAGUGUUUGUUCUUUCAAAUCUUGAAUCUUAUGUGAUUGACAAUGCAUGAUGUCAUUUAAAGUUACCUUAUGAAUAAAUGUUUCUCUUUGUAAA